GCGCGCCAGAAUCGCUCGGAUGGUGGUGUUGUUAUUGUCGGCCCGGACGCGACGACGAUGCGGCCACACUGCUGGGUGAUGGUAGUGCUGGCGGGGAUCAUGUCGUACUUGAGCCCGGAGAGAGCGCUGGGAGCCCCGCAGAGGGAAGUUGCUCAGUCCAGGGUGGCAUCCCUCUCUCCUCCGCCCUACGUCGUCAUCCUCAUCUCGUGCUCGGGGCUCGUGUCCUUCGUCCUUCUGCUCCUCACCUGCCUCUGCUGUAAACGAGGAGGGGUCGGCUUCAACGAGUUUGACAAUGCAGAGGGCGAGGACUGCUCCGGAGGCUCCAGUCCGAUUCAGGAGGACAGUCUCUCCUCCUGCCCCUCUCUCCCUGAAGUCUACACCCUCCCCGUACGGGACCGGCCCACCUGCCAGGGCCCCCACGCUCAUGACACCUCAGAUCCUAAGUCUCAGUGCUUCAAAAGACACUCCUUAAACUACCUUCAGGAGAUCGGAAAUGGCUGGUUCGGAAAGGUGAUCCUGGCUGAGGUGCUGUGUGACUGCAGCUCGUCUCAGGCCGUGGUGAAGGAGCUCCGAGUCAGUGCCAGUCCUCUGGAGCAGAGGAAGUUCCUGGCUGAAUCUGAGCCGUACAGAAGCUUGAAGCAUCCCAACAUUCUCCAGUGUCUGGGACAAUGCAGCGAAAGUAUUCCCUACCUGUUGGUUAUGGAGUUUUGUCAGCUGGGCGACCUGAAGCGGUACCUCCGAGCUCAGAGGAAGUCCGACGGGAUGACUCCAGAACUUCCCACACGGGACCUCCUAACGCUGCAGCGCAUGGCCUUUGAGAUCACUUCAGGCCUACUGCACCUGCAUGAGAACAACUACAUACACAGCGACCUGGCAUUGAGAAACUGCCUGCUGACCUCUGACCUCACUGUGAGAAUAGGCGACUACGGUCUUUCUCAUAACCAUUACAAGGAGGAUUAUUACUUGACACCAGACAAGCUGUGGAUCCCCCUGCGCUGGAUCGCCCCAGAGCUGCUGGAAGAAUACAGAGGGUCUGUCAUUGUCACGGAUCAAACCAAGACCAGUAAUGUGUGGUCUUUGGGUGUGGUGAUCUGGGAGUUGUUUGAGUUUGGCUCUCAGCCGCACAGACACCUGAGUGACGAAGAGGUGCUAACGUUUGUGAUCAGAGAGAGGCAGAUCACACUGGCCCAGCCCCGACUCAAGCUCUCACACGCAGACUACUGGUAUGAGAUCAUGCAGUCGUGUUGGCUUCCUUCAUCACAGCGGCCCUCUGUGUCAGAGAUUUUCCUUCUCCUCUCCUCCCUGUUGGCAGCAGAGGGGGGCACAUCCAGGGCGGGCAUGGGGGAUGAGGAUGAGGAGGACGAAGAGUUUGAGGAGGGCAGAAGAACAAGAGGAGAGAGCGACGAGUCAUUCGAAAGACGCUGGGAUUUGCUUCGCCCACCUGCUUUCCAGAUCGCCGCCAAUGAGCGACAUAGAGAAUACAGCAGAGACGACAGGGACAACUCCUACCCCCUACUGGAUCCUGUGGGGAACUGCAUUACACCCACCUCCACAGAACUAGAUGAUAUCCUGACUGUGACCGAAACCAGCAAAGGUCUGAACUUUGAGUAUUUUUGGGAGAAAGCGCACGCAAGAAGAGGCUACAAACCACUUCCUCCUCCUCAACCAAUCCCGAACGCAAGCAGUAACCAUCGGCAGUCGUUGGACACGCCCACUGUAGUUCCUGUGAUAAGCGCUCGCAGUCCCUCCCUCGCCAGCGAAUACUACAUCAGGCUAGAAGAGCAUACGCCGCAAGACAGGUCACCAACUCUUAAGGCAAAGUCUACAACGCGUGCUAAUUCUGGUUGCCAUGGUGAUGUUGAGCUAGUGGAGAUUCGCAGCGGGAUGCUCGGAAAAGAGCAGGUUCCUUAUUGUUCGGAAAAAUGCGGUACAGGCAUUCAGACGGUAAGAGCGAACGAAAUUCAAAUCCAAGUGCCAAGAACGGGAGUGGCUGAAUUUAGAGACAUGACGAGCAGAGUGACAGAUUUUUCUAUUGUAGAUCUCGGUGAUGAUGAGGAAGACGAUAAGAGUAAAAGCAAAAAUACAGAAAUGAAACCAUCCCAAGCUCCGGUACUACCCCCAAAACCUCGUUCUAUGUCAAUGUCCUCAGGCACCCAGCUCCACUCCCGCCCCCUCCCUGCACCUCCUCCAAUGGGAUACAGAGGACUUCCCCACUAUAACAUGAGUGGUAAAAUCGAAACGGAUCCUCUUCACGUGGUCAGCAGCUGCCCUCCAUCUGCUUUCGAUCACCUGGGGCUCCAUCGCACCAGGCAAGCUUUACCCCCUUCGCCUUCUCUGUCGCCAUCCUUGCCCCCAUCCAGUCACCCAAUUUACCCCAUGUGCCCGCCUCCUCUGCCCCCACACUCCAAACCGGGCUACAACAAUAUAGACUCAUAUUCCCGUUACAGAGCGCAAUCAACAAGAGACCCGCUAACUAGUGAUUUGUCAGAACGUGAAGGUAAUAUGAGGUAUAGCGCUAAAGAAGUUACUCACUCACGUACUAAAAACUUUGAGUCUCCAAUUCGCCGCGAAAACCCGCUCCGCCCGAUUUACCGUAACAUACCGCGACCGCAGAACCAAGAUCUUGAAAGACAGUCUUCUUCAAGUCCGACUUACUCAGAUGAGGACGACUCUCCUUUCGGUUCGCCUGAUAAAUUCGGUGGCACGACCAUCGCCCACUCCAGCUUGUCCGAAGACGCAGAUCCCUCGUCGUCUGAGCUGUUUUCUCGCGGUAUGAAGCGAACGCAAUCCCGUCUUGACACGAUCCUGCCUGCGAUUUGGAAGGAAGAUGCGGAACUCCAAGCCGCAGCGAGGAAAUCUCCAAUGCACUUAUUCCUCACGGAGAUAUCGACAGUGACAGAAGCGAGCAAAUCCAAAUCGGAAGUUUCGUCAGAUGAGGAGAAGCGUGAAAGUUGGGGUAAUUUUGUGUUACCUAAUCGGGGGAUGAGGCGUUCCCAGUCGCUUUUAACUGAAUUGUCUGGGCAAAGUAACAGAACAGAAGAAGAAGCAGUUGUGACAGAUCCUUGCCAAGGCGAUUUAUUCCUUACUGAAGUUGAUACAGGAAGCAUAGACAUUAAUGUAGAAGAUGAGUCCAUUAACAAUGAUCCGGUGAAAUAUCUGUACCUAGGUGGUCCCAGGUUGCACCCCUAUGUCUACACUUCUGAAGGAACACCUCAUAAAGAAGCAGAGGAGGUUUAUUCAAAAGGUAUUCCACGUUCCAGAUCACUCCUAUCGGAAAUGACAACUGCUAGUGAAAAGCAGGAAGAACCAAAACGAACAGAAAUGACAAGAGAGGAGUUUUUAAAAGAAAUUCAGUCGGCAGAGACGUUUUUGACGGAAAUUAUGUCCAGGCAAAAUGCAGCUGCGAACAAGAAGGAGAUAGAGAAUUCACCAACUCCUUUAUCGCCAGAGUAUGAGACGAUAUGCAUAGACCCAGAUGCUGCACAAACAAUACGAUUUCAGACCAACAAAGGUAAAGAUGACACACAAACUGAAGCCAUCUAUGCCCAAGUGACCAAACGUGCAAAAAAGACAGAUGUCAAAAUUUCUAUAAAACCUGACAUCCCUGUUCUCCAUAUCGCUUCAAAUAAUUCCCACAAAAAUCAGGAAAGUAACGAAGCUUCUCACUGCCAGUCUGCCGAUUUUGUCUUUUCAGAAAUCAUGCCAAAAAACGGUCUCCUGCACAAUCAAACAAUUCCAAGUUCAGAGAAAGAUGAGGAAAGCUCGGAGGCGCCCGCUUUGCCUGCCAGAGGAGGGGACAAGGAAAACAAACUGGCAGAAGAAUCAGAUACUGUUAUAAUGCGAAUGAAUGAACUGCUCCUUACAAGUGACCCUCUUAUAGGCAAUGGCGAAAUAGUUAAAAAUGGUACCCCAAGCCCUGAGCACGAGGAAAAACUUGACAACGCAACACAAGAUGGUUUCCAAACUGACAAUGAGCAUUCACCAUGCAGAGAAAAUCAAAAUAUUCACUCUUAUAAUUUGACUUCCGAUGCUGGAACGCCGUCCACUCCAGAUUGGGAUCGCUCCUCCUCUCUCCUAACUCCUUCUGAUUCUGUGCUAUCGCCACUGACCUCGAGUUCAGGAGGAGGUCUGACGCCAAGUGAUUCCUGGUCUGGGGGAGGAGGAAGUGGAGGCGGCGGUGGGGGUGUUUGGCGACCUCUAGGGGCCGAAACACUGCACCGCGACUCAGCCUACUUCUCAGACAGCGAUUGGGAAGGAGAUGGAACAAAGAGGGGAGGUAGUGAUGGUGGGACGAUAUCCAGGUCUUGCAAUGGGAGAGGGGCGGGCGAGCGGGGAGCACUGAGCGGGAUAGAAGAACGCAAUGAAGAGGAGUUAUCUGAAAAAAGCCCUCUAAAGACUGUGCAUAAAUUGAAAAAGUCAGAACCCAAAGAUGGGGUAACUGUUAUCGAAAAUAGUGAGAAAAUUAUCCAAGGGCUGUCUCCUACACAAAGAGAUGUAACUGAUAUUUUUCACAACAAAACUGUUCUGAAUGAAAAUCUGAAAACCAAGGAAUGUGUGGAGUUUAUCGAUAAAUUAUUUUCUAAACUAGAUGAUGAGUCGCUAAAAGAGCUACACACCAGCGAUGGGUAUCCCAAAGAUAACCACUGCACAGAUGGCUUAAUUUGUGAGACAGCAGACAGCAAAAGCCAAGUCUCAUCUGAACUCCAUUUGGAUUUGCAACCAAAGAACAGCAUAGAGAUGAAUAAUGUGGUCAAUCACGCAAUGGAGGCUAUUUUAAUAGAUAACGAGUUUGUAUCGCAUGGAGUCAACAAUAUUUCAAAUGUAAACGAGCUGAAAUGUGCAAAACAUGUGCCUGAAGUUAAGCUGAAGAUUUGUGACAUUCAUGAAGAUGCCGAUGAAAAUUUGUUAACGGAUGAUAAUAAAAAUUUAGAUAUCAAACAGAAAGACACAACUCCUAGAAAUCAACUGUGCUCCAACAGUAGCGAUGGCCUAUUAGAAACAGCAGAGCCUGGCAGUAGCAAUAUGGCCGCUUCAUCUCCCUACAGAAGAGCAGAGAUGUGGAGAGACGGCUCUGUUGACAAUGAGGAGGAAAAUCGGAGGUCACUUUGCAGCCAAGAAGAGGAGGACGAAACAGUGACUGGAGUGGUCAAGGGGGAAUUCGAUUGCCACCGAUUUUCAGAGCAAAAAACCCUCGCCCGCCCUGAUGAAAAUGACCAGUGGGCCUCCCCGGAGAAACGAUCCCAAGACGCAGAGCUGAAAUCCGAGUUUUUCACGGGAUUUAGUAACGCAGAAUGGGGAGUGAGGGAAAGGAUAGUAAUCUGUGAGGAAUAUUGGGAGGAGAAUGACGAACUGGCCGGAAGUGAGCCUCAUCCAGCUGUGCUAGAGGAGGGUGAAGACAUAAACAACCAUGAGUUACAAGAACAUAACACAACUGGAUUCAAGCCAAAGUGGGAGCAGCAAUUUGAACAGGUUUUAGACGUGCAACAAGAAGAAAACAUGGAGGAUAUUUCAGAUAGCAGUAACUUCCAAGAAAAUGAGGACGAAAGUGUAAAUUUUGAAGUUGAAAACAUUGAAAUCCCAGAGAGAGAAUCUAUAGGGAGAGGACAGAGAAGCAAAGAGUGCCCAGAUACUGAGCCCGAAACUAUUGACACAGAAAAUCAAAAUUUCAAUAAGUGGCCUCAGAGUUGCAUUGAAAAUGAAGAGCAGGUUUUACAUAAAAUUUGUGACGUAACAAGAAUAUCAGUCCUUUGUCCAGAGAGAGAUGAAAAUCUUCAAGAAAUUGAAAACAUGGAAUCAUUUGCAGAUCCUAAACUUGACAUGACCCCGGCGAAACAAUGGGACGAUGGUGCAACAGUAAAUGCACUGGAAGGCUAUAGAGACAUGUCCUUCGAGUUUCAAGCCAGUGAUGUAAGAAUGCAGGAUGUUUUGGACCAAUCACAAGAUAAUUUUAGCUCGGUCGAUUUUCCCAGUCCUCCACAGAGCAUUGACCUCGACGUGCAAGAUGAGAAAAGUUUGGACGAUUCGUUCCCCAGCCCUCCACCAUCUGUCACCGAGGAGUUUAUUACUAACAUGAAUCUCGAAGAGCUUGUAGCCAACACAGAGACACACUCAUAUAUUUCUCCAGCUAACAGUGUAGAAGUCCCGGAAUCACUUGCUACAACUCAUACAAAAGUCAUUUCUCCCGUGCAUAAUAAACUAACCCAUGAGACAGCUCUGACAUCCAAAAAUGACGAUUCACAAAGCAACAUUGUCCAUAAAACAUCGAAUGAAAUUAUGCAACAAGAUGUGAACACAAUCCCCAAAUUAUUGAUUUCUGAGUGGAAAGAUUUGGAUGAAGAGCCAUUGGAGGAUUUUGAAAAACUUGAAAAAUUGUGUUGUAUUUCUGGCGAUGAAGAAGAAGACCUUUUCCUGGGAAAUCUGGAGCUUUUGGAGUCAUUAAAGAAAAGUCCUGAUCAGAAUGGAAGAAGUGAAGAUAACUGUGAACAAGUUUGUGGUGCAGGUUUAGAAGAGGCUACACUGGUGGGACCACAAGAGGAGAGAGAGGAGAUGUCCAAAAUGGUGUCCGCAGAUGUGAAAGACCAGAGCAGUCAUUCGAAGACAGUGAAUGGGCUUAUGAUGCAGGUCUGCGAGGAACGCCUACAGUUUUCGCUUAGUGAGAAUGUGAAGACAAACAUGCUGUUAGCAGAGACCAUAAAGGACACAGGGGAUCUGCGGACGUGGGGGGAGCAAAUCGCAGAGGUUGCAGAAACUGUAAGCAAUGGGGAGGUGGUCAAUGAACUAAAAGAAGAAGAGGAGGAGGAAAGCCAAGAAAAUCAAGAGGUCGUAUCCAGCGCUGGACUGAGUGAAAAUCAAUCAGACGAAAAUCAAACUGAGACACUCACUGUGAUCGAACAACCUGAAAUUUCACCAACUCAACAAACGGCAAACCAGGCUAUGAAAGCAAAGUUAGCACGUUUGUCCCUGGCUCUCCCUCCUCUGGCUGUGACACUGCCUCCGACGGGAAAGGGCUUCAGAGACGGAGCGAUCGGAAGUCGCCUCGGGCGGCGGAGAGGCCUCUCUCCAAGCAGCGACCAGGAUGAAGACGAGGAAGAUGAGCAAGAAGAUGAGAGCUCCAGGCGAGUCAUUGUUGUCACGGAGACAGACACAGACAAACGCGUGGGGCUGAGGAGUCUGCUGAAGUCCCCUAAAGAGCCCCUGGACCGGCCAAGGGACAUAGGGAGAAAUGUGUCCUUCUUUGAUGAUGUCACCAUUUACCUGUUUGAUCAGGAAACUCCAACCAAUGAGCUGAGUGUCACCACUCCCACAGGCCCGCCCCCUGUCACUGUCAAAAACUCUAAGCUGGAUGUUCGGGGGAAAAAUGCUAAACGCAAGGACUCCAAAAGGAAAGAGGAGUACUCGGUCAAACCCAGGUCUUCUCUAGGAACAAAUACAGUGACGUCGUCUCGUUUCACAGUCAGCCCAGCGGACGACCCUCACUUAGUCUGACGCCACACGCGACGUGACAGCACUUUGAGCUGAACUCAAACUACCAGCCAUUUACCAGAGGCUAUUUUUAUAUUGAUGAAAAGCACCUGAAGGAAAGACUCCCGUUAGAGCUGGACCCAGUCCAGGUUUUACCAGCGACAGGAUUUUGUAUGAUGGUCUGCAGAGCUCCAGUCUGUGUUUACAGAGGCGAGAGCUCAGAGUCUGGAAGAGCCUGGAGUUUGUAAAAUCGGACACAGAUUUGACAGCUAUGCACCGGGAGUCCUGCUGAACCAGCCAAACUUUUUCAGGCGUCACAUCUUAUGUUACAGGUGUAAUUAUAUUCCAGGUGUGCGGAUCUUUCUUUCAUGUGUCCAUGCUGACACCUCCCAUGUCUUAAAGGUUUUUGAGUGCAGUCAUACAGUUCUUGUAGGUAGCAGUCUGAAACAAAAGUCCCUUCACUGUAUUUAUAAAUACUCAUUGUACAAAUAUCAUCCUGCAGAUGUAUCAAACUGUUUUAAAACUGGUUUCUUUAUCUAUAUUGUUAGACUGCACGACAAAACAGUUUCUUUAUAAAUAUGUCUUUACACACUUUACAUUAUAAUUUAUUGCAUUAUUUAUUUUAUUUAUUAAAUUAAGCAAUAUUUAUUCUUUUUAGAUAUUUAUUCUCUUUAGUUUUGUUGUUUCAAUUCAAGGUACAUUGAUAUUGCUUAUUUUGGGACUGGAUGCACUGAAGAGAUAUCUUCACAAAAAUUCCGUAACAAAUAGAGAUAUUUUCCAAGACAUCAUAAUUGCAAAAGUAUUUUGUAUAAUUUAACUUAUUAAUAUAAUACCAAUGUGUAUGGAAAUAUGUUAGGUAUUCAUUUUCCCAUGUCUUUACAUUUUAGAACUGUCCAGUCUAUGUUUAGCUUGUUUAAGGAUUAUAAAUGUAGCUUAGCAUGAAAACGGAAUAAUUUCAUCCGUAAAUAAUAUCAUUAGUUUUUGUGUAUUAGUUUUUUCUCAUGUUUUCAUAUAACCCAGAUAAAACCAGUCCAUCUGUCUGUUAAACGUUGGUUUCAAACCUGUAUUGUUUAAAAUGAUUUUAA